AUGUCGAGCGCCACGACGGCCGCUGCAGGGGAGGACGACGAGGUCGUGCACGACUUCGCCCCGCUCCUCCUGGUAUACAAGAGCAGCCGCCUCGAGCGGCCACUCGCGACGCCACGGGUCCCGCCCCGCCGCGACGCCGCCACGGGCGUCGUGUCCAAGGACGUGGCCCUCUCGCCGCACUCGUUCAUGCGCCUGUACCUCCCGCCCGCCGCUGCUACGGCCGAGAGGAAGCUCCCCGUGGUGGUCUACUUCCACGGCGGCGGCUUCGUGAUCGGAUCGGCCGGGUCGGCCGCGUACCACCGGUGCCUGAACGACCUCGCCGCCGCCUGCCCGGCCGUGGCCGUCUCCGUGGACUACCGCCUCGCGCCGGAGCACCCGGUCCCCGCCUCGUACGAGGCCUCCCUCGCGGCCCUCAAGUGGGCGCUGUCGUCGUCGUCGUCGUCCGCGGCGGCCGAGGCCGACGCCGACCCGUGGCUCGCGGCGCACGGCGACCCCGCGCGCGUGUUCCUCGCCGGCGACAGCGCGGGAGGCAACAUCUGCCACCACCUCGCCAUGCACCCGGACGUCAAGGGCGCGGGCCUGAAGGGCGUCGUGCUCAUCCACCCCUGGUUCUGGGGCAAGGACCCCAUCGGCGGGGAGCCGCGGAGCCCGGCCUCGAAGUCGAAUCAGCAGCAGCAGAAGGGCCUGUGGGAGUUCGUGUGCCCCGGCGCGGUGGACGGCGUGGACGACCCCCAGAUGAACCCUACGGCGCCCGGCGCGCCAGGGCUGGAGACGUCCUUCGGUGGCGCGGGAAGCUGUACGCGGAGGCGGCGGCGCCGGGCGGCGCCAGAAAGGACGUGGAGCUGUUCGAGUCCCAAGGAGUCGGGCAUGUGUUCUACCUGCUGGAGCCCGCGCAGGAGAAGGCCAGGGAGCUGCUGGACAGGAUCGCGGCGUUUGUCAGUACGGAAUGACGAGGAUGACGCGUUAGUGGUGGUGUACGUGGUGGACAUCGUGUAG